UACACUGUUAAAAGAAGCAUUACAGCAGCUUGACCUAUUGCUGAACCAUGGUUCAACUAACAAUGGACCUAAUUGCUAAAAAUGCUGGUCACAAGAAUCGUAGUGACGAGGACUUUGGACAAUACCUGCAAAAACUAACUCAUCUGAAUUUGUCAGAUAAAAAUAUAGACACAAUUGGUGAUCUCUCUUUCUGUAAAAAUCUGAGAGUUCUGUAUUUAUAUGAUAACCAAAUCAGCCAAAUCCAGMACUUGGACUUUGCUUCAAAUAUAACACAUCUUUACCUUCAGAACAAUCGUAUUUCAAGUAUAGAAAAUCUCUCCUCACUGAAAAAACUUGAAAAACUGUAUUUGGGAGGCAAUUAUAUCACGGUAGUAGAGGGUUUGUAUAAAGUAGGAGAAAUAAGGGAGCUACAUAUUGAAAAUCAACAUCUCCCUCUUGGUGAAAAGCUUCUGUUUGAUCCAUCAUCUCUUAAAUCCCUGGCAAAAUCUCUGUCUGUAUUGAAUAUCAGCAAUAACAACAUUGAUGAAUUAGAAGAACUGGCAGUUUUGGAAAACCUUUCCUAUCUUAAAGCAAUCGACAAUCGACUUAAACAUAUGAAGGAUUUGGAGAUUGUAUUAAACAAAUGGACAAAGCUACGCAGAAUAGAUCUUACAGGAAACCCCAUUUGUCAAAAACCAAAGUACAGGGACAGGAUUAUAGUACAAUCACCGACUUUAGCUGACACUGGAACACACGUUCCCCCUCUUCCCUUUCAUGGGAUUCACUCUGUAAAAGGAAAAGCAAAUCUUUUAGGUUUGUCUCACAAGCAGAAAGCUGAAAGAAAACCUCUGCCAAGAAUCCGUGAAAGAAGAAGUCAGAUGAAAACUCAGGUUGAGAAGAAAUCUGAAGUCAAGGCAGAAGUAAUUUGAAUUCUAAAAGCCAGAAGUUACAGGAUAUGGAAAUUUACCCAUUAUUGAUGUUUCCCCCUCAAAGCUUACAAAGAAAGUUUCUGUUGUCUCCAUGGAUAUAUUAUCUGUGUCUUUUUAAUCUCAAAACCAGACAAAAUUAUGUAUGUUUAACUUAGCAUUACUUUCUAAGAACAUUCAGAAAAAUAAGGGGACUGCCUAUUAAUUUAGAAGAAAUGCUUUGUCUCAAAAGCAUGUAAAAACAUCAGCACAUGCUAAGCUAAAAUGGUUGCCUAAUUCUUAAACUUCAUCAAGAAAUGAACUGGUUUUAGCCAGUGUCUUACCUAGUAGCUGCUUUUUCCUUAUAUGAUACUCGGCAAUUGUGCAGAGGCGUGUUCACUGUGGAGUCAAGGAGUCAUUAAGUUCGAAAAAUAYCUCUAAGAUCAUGCAGUCCAACUGUUAACCUAACACACCAUGUUCACCACUAAAUCAUGUCCCCAGGCACCACAUCUACACAUUUUUUUAACACUUCCAAAGAUGGUGAUUCCACCAUUUYUGUGGGCAGCCUACUCCAAUGCUUGACCACCCUUCCAGCAAAGAACUUUUUCUCAACACCCAUUCCAAAUCUCCCAUGGUGCAACUUCAGGCUGUUUCCUCUUGUCCUGUCACUUKUUACUUCAGAGAAAAGACCAGCCCCCACCUGUCUGCAACCUCCUUUCAGGUGGUAAGGUUCUGAAKCUCCUUUUCUCCAGAUUAAAUACCUYGAGCUUCAUCAGACACUGCUCAUCAGACUGKCGCUUCAGACCCUUCACCAGCUCCAUUGCUGUCCUCUGGACACACUCCAGCACCUCAAUGCCUUUGUAAACUAAAUACAAGGGUCCAAAACUGAACACAGGAAUCGAGGUGCUGCCUCACCAGUGCUGAGUGCAGGGGGACAAUCACUGCCCUGGUCCUGCUGGCCACACUAUUGCUGAUACAGGCCAAGGUGCCAUUGGCCUUCUUGGAGCAUGGCUGGCUCAUGUUCAGCCCACUGUCAACCAGCACCCCCAGGUUCUUUUCCAUCAGGCAGCUUUCCGGCCACUCUGUC